CGGAAGCGUAAGAUAUUCGCAGGAGCAGAGUUUUUCUCCCCGACGUUUCAAAGUUUUCCCACACACAGCGGAAGUUUCGGGCCGGUGAACUGCAACCAGACCGAACAGCAGCAGGUGUUUUGUUUUCCCGAGGAGUGUUUUAGCUUUUUUUUUCGAAUAAUCGAAAGAGUGAAAUUCAAAAGCGAUUUGAUUGUGUGGCCGAUCGCUUCAGGCACCCGAAAACCAAUCGAAAGAUCACUCGGAUGUUUAGUAAACUGCCAUUUUCAUGGUGGAAAACACUGGUACAUUGACGUGCAGGGAUGGGCUGGCUUAUGUUGUUGGCAGUAGUGCUGGCCCUACUCAAAUUAUUAGGAGUUACACAAGGUACCACUGCUCAGCCGGGUCAAGUACCACCUCAACUCAGUACUCCGUCGCCUAUUCCGGGACUACCCGGAGGCGGAAUCGGAGGUAUCAGAAGAACGAGCGGCUGGAGAGAAUGGAGACGAGCGGAUCCGACUCUGAUCAACAGUUUGUGGCGGAGCAAGAUGGGGAACGGGAUCAGAAAACAAUUAGGAAACGCCGAAGUCUACAUAAUCCUAGCCUUGCUCAUAGGCGUCGUGACGGUAGUGAUCGGCUGCUGGCUGUCCGACAACUGUUGGUCUCCCGAUCCGGAAACGGGCGUCGUGACGGUGGCCUGACCUCAGCCCAGAGGUCCUCCGGGACACGGAGGACCCAGGGACCCGCGCGACGGCGGCGUCGUAGUCGUGGACGUCUCUUCAGCGGACGAGGAAGAGGGAAAUUCGUCACCUGGGGACCGGUCUUCCAGUCCCGAGAGCGAUUGGCCUCUUGUAGAGGUAUCAGAAAGAGACGUUCUCAAUCCCUGACACCACGCCCUGUGCGAAAAGAACGGUUCCGUCAUCAUGGGUGACCCGAACGACCACCAUUUGGAUUUGCCGGAAGAGUGCGAGCUGCACAAAUCGUCGCCGAUAAUGGAAAACGGCCACGUGUGCCAUCAAAUGGACGCGUGCGAAGUGCACGACACCAUGAACAACGGUGCCACCAUUCUCACUAUGUUCGACGAUGCCGACAUGGAGAGCUGAGAAUUAAUUUCCGAUUAGGUUGCCCUUACCAUGAGUGAUAAAGUAGACCUUUUAGUACUCACUAAUUGUAGGUAGGUACUCAUUUAUGUAUGCAACCAGAUUCUCUAAAUGAGUACCUACUAUCUUAGAAAGUCUUCAAUGUUGCUAAGAUUAUCUAAGAGUAAAAAAAAAAGUCAAUUACCCUAUUUAGGUGGACGCAUCCACCCACACACCCCCAUAUGUGUGCUUUUUUUUUGUAAUAUAAAUUUUACAUUUACCAAAAAAAAAAAAUGCUCAACAAAUAUGCAUUUUUUUUAUAUUACUGACUCUAUACUAUUCCUGACUGGUUAGCUGAUAAAUUUAGUAAAUGUACCUACCACUCUAUAUAGUACCUUUUAGGUCAUAUCAAAACAAUUUGCCUUUUUCUAGCUGUGCCUAUUUUCCUCUCUAGUUGUACAUAGUUUUAUAUAUUGCUUUUUUUUUCCUUGUAAAUUGAUUGUAUAUUAGGCAUAUAAAGACUGACUUUGAGUUUUGAACCUAUACAAAUUGCAUUACAAUAGUUUAAGUUUCCUCUGAUUAUAUUAUAAAAAUAACUGAUAUUAUUAUAAACCCCAUUACUUUUAGAUACCAAGAAAAUCUGUUUAGUAUUAUUAGCAAAAAUAAAUGGAACAAUUAGAUUUAGAUAGAUAAUUAUUUCAGAGGGCUCUGUGAUAAAGUGAAUUUUGUGUAACUGGAUAUAUAAUUCACAGACAGAGCCUUAAUAAUUCAAGUUUACUAAAUUGUAAAUAUUAUAAAAUAUACCUAAUCAUGCUACUUAUGUAUAAAAAUUUUGUGUUUAAAACUCAGAAAAACGUUUUGAAUUGGUGCUUAUCCUAACAUAGAUAGCUGAAAGUGUAUUAGGGAUCAAAAAAUAUUACAAUUUAAACUAAUCUAAAUAUUGUGUAAUGGAUGUGUGUGUCGAUUAUAUAGUAAAUAAACCAAAAAAAAUCAUUGCAACGAUAUUUGUACCAAAUAAAUUUUAUUGUGUAAAACCUACCCGAAAAUAUAUUGUGUGUAAAAUAGAUGUGUGUUUUCCAUUAUUUAUCAAAGAAUUCAAUUGGACAAAAAUUCACACAAUCAUUG